AGGUGGCUCCAUAUUAAGCAACUUCAGAACCCUUGCUUUAAGUUGCCCUUAACAGUUACUCUUUACGGGUAGAGUAGGCAUUUCGGAGAGGUUAGCAAUAGCAAGCUAGCUUUAAAAGCAUAAGAUCCCAUCCUCCCAACAAAUCACUCUCCAAAGCCACGCCUCCUCCCAAACACAUGAACAUGCACAGAUAGAGUAGAGACUGCUACACUGCUGGAAGUUUGUGAAGUUUACUGAAUCUUCAAUGCUUAUAGAGGCAUCAUAAGUUAGCACAAUGCUAACAGUGAUUACAACCAAAGAAGUUUUUUUUAAUUGGCUGUUUUGCAAUGGCAGGUGUUUAUGCACUGAGGUCGGAAGUAGUAGGAAACCGUGACAGGAAAUACCGGUUUGUUAUGAAAGUCGGGCAGGAGCCAGUUCUGCGGUCCUCUCAUUUGUCAUGUUUAUCCUUCCCCCAUUGAUUUUCUUCCACACACCCUUUCUUUUUAGUGCAUGUAUGAGUCAGCAAACGCCUGCUUCAUGCUGGAGCUUCAGUGGAAGUAAAGGUCAUGUGUGGAAGAUGAUCCAGGGCCGGUGACUGAAGCAGACAGAGAAGAAGGUCGAGAUGCGGCUCCUGCUGUGUUGUGGCCCCUGAGGUUAUAUUAGGCCUGUACUGACUGAAUGUGUGUCUGAAUGCAUACUCUGUCACACGUAUGUGUCCAGAGGUCUGCUGUGCCUUGUGCAGCUUCACUCAGUAAGACGAUUAGAGGGAAAGCAGCCGGAAGAAGAAGUGAAACAGCUUUACUUCUGUAUUAAAAAUAGCAUUCUACAUAUCAUCUAGAACUACAAAUCAUAGAUGGCGUUCGUGUUCCUGCCAGCACUGGCUCGUAUGGCCGUGUGUGGCGGCACCCAUGGGAACGAGCUGUCCGGUGUGUAUGUUGUGCAGGAGAUGGAGCGACAGCGGAAAGAGAAGGGAGAGGGUGUGUGGCCGAUUCCUGUAACAACUGUGCUGUCAAACCCAAGGGCUGUGAAAGAGUGCAGAAGAUACAUUGACACGGAUAUGAACCGCUGCUUCACCAGAGACAUGCUGAGUUGUCCUAUUACAGACAGCAGCCCGUAUGAAGUCCGGCGUGCUCAGGAACUGAACAAUCUGCUGGGGCUGAAAGGAUCCACCGAUGCAACAGACAUGAUCUGUGACCUUCAUAACACCACGUCCAACAUGGGCCUCACACUCAUCCAUUACACGACCAGUGACUGGGUGACCCUGCACAUCUGCAAAUACUUACAGACUAAGAUAACCAAGGUUCCUGUGAGAGUGCUGGUACUGGAUGUCCCGAUUAGUGAUUCUUAUUCCUUGGAGUCUGUGUCCAAGCAUGGCUUUACUCUAGAGGUCGGGCCGCAGCCGCAUGGUGUCAUCAGAGCUGACAUCUAUAACAUUAUGAAAGAGGCCGUCGACCUGACAAUAGACUGGAUCCACAAAUUCAACUCAGGAACGGUGUUUGAAGGCGGGGAUGUAGAAGCCUUUAAGCUAAUCAAAAGUGUUGAUUAUCCCAGAGAUCCAGAGACUCGGAGUCUCACUGCUGCCAUUCAUCCUCAGCUGCAGGACAAAGACUUCUGUCUUCUCAAGCAUGGAGACCCUUUAUUUUUGUCAUUUUCUGGAGAAACUGUGAACUACAAGGAAGAAGAGACACUUCAUCCUUUCUUUAUCAAUGAGGCUGCUUACUAUGAAAAGGGUAUAGCUUUUCACUUGGGAAAAAAGAUAAUGCUGAAAAUUCCAACAGUGCGAGUGCAGAAAGACUGAAGGAUGAGAAAGGGAAAUAUAUUAAA